AGAUACAAUGUAGAAAUGUCAAUCAGGCACCUGAAAAAGAUGGAACUGCUUAGUAAGGUUGAAGCUCUGAAGAAAAGUGGUGUUUUACUAGCAAAUGAUCUCCUUGAAAAAGUGGAUUCAAUUAAUGAAAAAUGGGAACUGCUUGGGAAAACCCUAGGAGAGAAGAUCCAAGACACAAUGGUAGGGCACAGUGGGUUAGGUCCACGUGACCUGCUCUCGCCUGAAAGCGGCAGCCUGGUAAGGCAGCUGGAGGUCAGGAUCAAAGAGCUGAAAGGGUGGCUGAGAGAUACAGAGCUUUUCAUCUUCAAUUCCUGUCUGAGACAAGAAAAUGAAGGAACAAUGAAUGCUGAGAAACAACUGCAAUAUUUUAAGUCUCUAUGCUGUGAGAUCAAACAGAGGCGUCGCGGGGUAGCCUCUGUGCUGCGGUUAUGCCAGCACCUCCUGGAUGACCAGGAGACCUGCAACCUUAAUGCAGACCACCAGUCCAUGCAGUUGAUAAUCGUAAACCUUGAGAGGAGGUGGGAAGCCAUUGUCAUGCAAGCUGUCCAGUGGCAAACAAGGCUACAGAAGAGACUGGAAAAAGACUUGGAGCCUCUGAAUGUUAUUGAUCCCAGUUUGAUGGAUCUAAAUGGUCCAAAUGAAGAUGCACUAGAAUGGGAUGAAACUGACAUAAGUAAUAAGCUGAUCAGUAUUCACGAAGACUUAACUGAUCCUGACCAAGAAAUCAAGAAGGAUGAUCUAAGCCAGAAACCUGAUUCAGGAGAAUGUGGUGAUAAUGAUGUGAAUGAAGAUGAAAGUAUCAGUGAUCGUGGAAGUCCUCUUUAUUGUCCCAGCAUUACUUCCCCUCCAAAUCCUCACAUCUAUCAGGUCUAUAGUCUCCAUAAUAUUGAAUUAUCAGAAAAAAAACACAUGCCAUUUUUGAAAAAAACAUCCAAACUCUCCAGUGUAACACAAUCUAACAUUUUAAACAAAAGUCUUAGUAAAGACUCAUCUUUUUCAUCUACCAAAUCCCUGCCGGACCUAAUAGGUGGGACCACAUUGGCAAAACCACAUAACUAUAUGUAUCAGAGUGGAAACAUAAGCAGGCACUCUGAGAGUGAGAGUGGGAUAGUGAGUGAAUGUGAUACAGAAACUACAAACAAUUCAGAAAUUUUUUUGCUAAAUGAUAUUGAAAGCACUCAGAGUAAUCCUGAAAUUGGGCAUGCAGAAACUCAAGUGGAUGACAUAGUCGAUGUAAUAAAACAAAAAAUAAAGCAAGAUGAAGAAGACCAUGCUAGUCUCUCAGACGAUUUUCAGUUGGCACCUUCCGCAUGUUGUGGAAGUGAAAAUGAUGAGGAUUUAGACAGCAUUACCAUGUGUAACCCUGUUUGUCUAGAAGAAUUGCAAGGAAAACAUGGCAUGUUUACAUUUUAUGAUUACUCAUAUCUUCAAGGCUCCAAAUUCAAAUUACCAGUGAUAAUGAAACAAUCUCAAAUUGAAAAAACACAUACAGAGGACAGUUUAUUUCAUGGUUUUUGUUUUGAUAAAAUACCUGGUAAAUCUGAACAUAAGCCUGGAGAGUCACAACCAGAUGGGUUUAUUCAUGACCAUACUCUGGCAAGUGUCCCUGGAGAAUCAGAUCCCAACUCCUGUAAAUCUGCAGAAACUGUAAGAAAAUUAACUGUUACAGAGACUACAAGACAGGUUGCAACUUUAUCUCGUAGUUCCUCAUUAGAAUCUCUGUCUGUGGUAGGUGAUUUGUUCAGCUCAGGUAUUUUUAAAAGUGGAGAUGGUCUUCAGCGAAGCACUUCUUUGGAGAGCUGGCUGACUUCCUACAAAAGCAAUGAAGAUCUUUUUAGUCAUCAUGGCUCAGGAGACAUAAGUGUAAGCAGUGAUUCUGUUGGAGAGCUCAGCAAAAGGACAUUAGAUCUUUUGAAUCGCUUAGAGAAUAUCCAAAGUCCUUUAGAUCAAAAGAUAAAGCGCAGCAUCUCUGAUAUAACACUCCAAAGUAGCUCUCAAAAAAUGUCUUUUACUGGACAGCUGUCUCUAGAUAUUGCAUCCUCAAUCAAUGAAGACUCAGCAGCUUCUCUCACUGAACUCAGCAGCAGUGAGGAUCUUUCUCUGUGCUCUGAGGACGUUGUAGUGCACAGAAAUAAAAUACCAAAUUCAAAUGCAUCAUUUAGAAAACAUCUUAAUAGAUCUGUAGCUGAUGAGAGCGAUGUCAAUGUCAGCAUGAUUGUUAAUGUCUCCUGCACUUCUGCUUGUACUGAUGAUGAAGAUGACAGUGAUUUGCUUUCAAGUUCCACCCUUACCUUAACUGAGGAAGAGCUAGGUAUCAAAGAUGAAGAUGAUGACUCCAGUAUAGCAACUGAUGAGGAUAUUUAUGAAGAAUGCAAUUUAAUUUCAGGACUUGAUUAUAUAAAAAAUGAACUCCAAACUUGGAUUAGACCAAAAUUUUCUUUGACAAGGGAGAAGAGAAAAAGCAACCUCAGUGAUGAAAUUCAGCAUAGUAAAGAAGUUAGUAAUGAGACAUCAAAAGCCACAGAUACAUUAAGCAUUGAAACACUACUGAAUGGUUCAGUACAGAAAAUAUCAGAAAAUAAUGGUAAUAGUAAGAAUGUACCACGUGAUCAUGAAAAAGGGACAAAGAGACACCUGGUGAAAGAUAUCUCUCAGGUUGUGAAGGAUCAGCUUGUGGAUGAUAUGGAGAAUGGCAAUGUUGAAAAUACUCUUGGUAGUCAAAAGGAAGGUCUUGUUAAAACAUCAGCAACUCCCAAAACUCAUGCAUCACUUGAUGUCAGGGAAGUCGAAAAUGAAUGUUGUGUCUGUGAAGCAUUUACAGACAGUUCAGAUGACUCACAUAUGGAUGGCAAGGAGACUGUUCUGUCAUCAGAUGGAUCCAGAAACUCUCCAAAAGAAUGUCAAAGUCAUAUUCAGCCUGAUCAUCACUCUGUUGCUUCCUCUCCUGCUAAAAAGCCUUGUCUUGAAUCUUCCUCUGAAAUGAAUUGUGUAGAGAUUCAAGAUUCAGCUUUACAAACAUCCUUACCUAAUGCUCCACAACACAGAAUGAGCAUUCCUGAAAAAUCUACUGAUUGUUGUACAUCCUUGGAACCCAAUGAAGCAGAAUGUCACUCCUCAGCCAAUGGUCCUGAUUCAUGCUGUAACUGUGAAUCUGCUGCUUGUGAUAAAAGAAACAUGGAAGAUGGCUCAGUACACAAUUUUGUGAGGGAGAUAAUAGACAUGGCAUCAACAGCUUUGAAAAGUAAAUCACAACCUGAAUGUGAGUCAUCUGCUCCAGCUUCAUUAGCACAGAUCAAGGAAAAAGUGUUAGAACACUCUCACAGACCCAUUCAGUUAAGAAAAGGGGACUUCUAUUCUUAUCUUUCACUUUCUUCUCAUGAUAGUGACUGUGGAGAGGUAAUCAAAUACAUAGAGGAAAAGAGCAGCACUCCUGUGCCACUGGAUUUCACAGAUGAGAGAGAAAAUAUUGAAUGCUUUUUUGAAGCCUGUCCCGAGGAAGAACGGGUUGAGCAGCAGCAGUCCAUUUCUAAUGGUAGUCCUGAAGCACGAGUUGAACAGCAGCAACCUAUUUCUAACACUAUUUCUGAAACAUCUCCAGAGUCACUAGGUGAAAUGACUCUAGAGUCUUUAGAAGAAGUUAAAACUUCAUCUGAAGAUGGGCAAACUGAAGGUUUGGAAAAGAAUGUUCCAGAACUUAGCACUGAACAGAGUAGUACAGCAAAAUCACCUGGAACUGAAGAGCCUAAAGGAUGUGUUGCUGCCUCUGAAGAGGCUUCAGCUAUAGAGUUUCAGUUAAAGCCUGGCCAUUCACAGGAAAAGGAUGUUUUGCAUCAGAACAGUAAAACUCUUACUUGUGAAGAAAAUCUCCUGAAUCUUCAUAAGGAAAGACAUAUAAAUAUGCACAGAUAGAAUGUAACCCUCUCCAGGCACAUACAUUAUCCUAAAAACAGAAACUUGGCUGCAAUUCAGGUGCAGGUUCAUCCUGUAAACCCUGGGAUGACCUCCAAUUCCAUUGUAUCACUGCCUCUCAUUACACUGACUCCCAAGAUAAAUUUUCUUUCCAAAUGCGAUUUGUCCAUGUUGGCUUUGUGAUCAGGCUGCAUAUGCUAGUCCUAUUUCAGUGAUCAUUUUGUACUGUAGCAAGGCCAUUUGCUUUCAUAUGGAUUCCUCUCCCAAGCUACCUCUAACGAUCUCCCCUUCCUAAAUUGGAUGUUCCUGUACUACUUAUUGCUGGUUCUGUUCUGUAAAGUUUUGAAGUUCCACAGAAUUCAUGAUCAGUCUGGUUCAUCUUUUCAGAACUGUACCUGUCAGUGCUCUUCUAUUUUAUGUAUCAAAUUUAAUAUUUAUGUGUAUAAUGCAUAAGUUUAUUGAAACUAUUUUACUUUUAAAGUGACAAUUUUGUUGGAUUGCAGCAAAAAGAAAACAUUAGCCCUCCUGAUUCAAUACAUCUAAAAAUUAAGCAAUUACAAUAAAU